AUGCCCAGUUCCUCUUCAACGAACGGCCGUCAGUCACAUAGCUUCGUGUGGGUGGGCACGCUGUCCACGGGCCCGGGCGGGGCCCGGCUCGAGUGCGGCAGCCGCGCGGCCGCCCAGCCGCCCGUGCAGGACGCGCUGGGCCGCGUGACGGUCACCGUCGCGACGGCAACGCCGCACGGCGUGCUCUGCUUCCUGCCCUCCUACCACCUCAUGAACAGCCUGCAGAAGCGGUGGAAGGAGACAAACAUUUGGCAGCAGCUUAACGAGCUGAAGCACGUCUUUAUGGAGAGUAGAAAUGUAAAAGAUCACAACGAUAUCAUGGAGGAUUACUACAAGUGUGCUAGUACGAGCAAAGGCGCGCUUCUAUUCGCCGUCUAUCGCGGGAAGGUGUCCGAAGGCAUGGACUUCAAGGACCACCAGGCCAGAGCAGUCAUCACGGUGGGCAUCCCGUAUCCGAACACCUACGACAUAGCGGUGAAGGAGAAGAUGAGCUACAACGACCGUUACGCGGCUGAGAGGAAUCUCCUCUCCAGCAGCGACUGGCUCCUCGUGCAGGCCUACAGGGCGCUGAACCAGGCGGUGGGCCGCUGCGUGCGCCACCGCUCCGACUGGGGCGCCGUCCUAAUGGUGGACGCGCGAUUCACCAACCCCUACUACACGAAGCACCUCUCCAAAUGGGUGCGCAACUUUCUAGGAAACAACCAUCACACGUUCGAAAGCCUAGUCAACAGUCCGAAUGGGAUCACGAACUUCAUGCAAAACAUGGCCGUCCGGGAGAGCGAAGACGUG